AUGGCGGCAAUGGCGGAGGGCGCGGGGGAGCCGGAGCUGGUGUCCAUCCCGGCGACGCCGCGGGGGCUGUCCACGCCGGAGGGGCUCUCCACCCCGCCGGUCAGGAGGGGCGGGGCGGCCACCAGCGGCGCCGGCACGCCGGUGCGGCGGGUGGUCGAGGGGCUGCGCGGCUACCUGGAGGACGUGGGCCACCUCACGCGCCUCAACCCGCAGGACGCGUGGCUCCCCAUCACCGAGAGCCGCAGCGGCAACGCGCGCUACGCCGCCUUCCACUCCCUCAACGCCGGCCUCGGCUUCCAGGCGCUCCUCAUCCCGCUCGCCUUCCCCGCACUCGGAUGGAGCUGGGGAAUAAUAUCGUUAACUGUUGCUUACUUCUGGCAACUAUACACACUCUGGAUUCUAGUCAAGCUUCAUGAAGCUGUCCCAGGCAGGAGGUACAACAGAUAUGUGGAGCUUGCGCAAGCUGCAUUUGGGGAAAAACUGGGAGUGUGGCUAGCUCUUUUCCCAACUAUUUAUCUUUCGGCGGGCACAGCGACUGCACUCAUACUUGUUGGAGGGGAGACUAUGAAGCUCUUUUAUCAAAUAGUGUGUGGACCUCUCUGUUUGCCGAGUCCUAUUUCGACGGUCGAGUGGUACUUGGUAUUCACAUCCUUAUCAGUCAUCCUUUCCCAGCUCCCGAAUCUCAACUCGAUUGCUGGGGUUUCUCUUAUUGGUGGUGCCACAGCGAUAAUGUAUUGUACAAUGUCAUGGGUUCUCUCUGUCAGCCAGCAGAGGCCUUCGACAGUCUCUUAUGAGCCAGCAAAAUACACUUCUUUUGGUUCAUCCUUGUUCUCUACCAUGAACGCUCUUGGAAUAAUAGCCUUUGCGUUCCGGGGACACAAUCUUGCAUUAGAAAUACAGGCGACAAUGCCGUCGACUUUCAAACACCCUGCACAUGUGCCUAUGUGGCGCGGGGCCAAAGCUGCAUAUCUUCUGAUUGCAAUGUGCAUCUUUCCAGUUGCCAUUGGAGGUUACUGGGCCUACGGAAACAUGAUACCACCGGGAGGGAUCCUGACCGCCCUCUACGUUUUCCACAGCCACGACAUCUCCCGUGGGCUCCUCGCAGCGACCUUCCUCCUCGUCGUGUUCAACUGCCUCAGCAGCUUCCAGAUAUACUCCAUGCCGGUGUUCGACAGCUUUGAGGCCUACUACACAGGUCGCACCAACCGGCCCUGCUCGGUCUGGGUCCGGUCGGGGUUCAGGGUCUUCUACGGCUUUAUCUCGCUCUUCAUCGGCAUAGCUCUGCCGUUCCUCUCCAGCCUUGCCGGCCUGUUGGGCGGCCUGACGCUGCCAGUGACCUUCGCAUACCCAUGCUUCAUGUGGAUCUGUAUCAAGAAGCCAGAGAAGUUCAGCUUCAGCUGGUACCUGAACUGGGGCCUCGCGCUGCUCGGCACUGCCUUCAGCGUGGCCUCCUCUGUGGGUGGUGUCUGGAGCAUCGUUAACACUGGGAUGAAGCUCAAGUUCUUCAAACCCAACUAGCAAAGCUACUAUUUUCAGUUUGCAAAUUUAUGAUAUAAUAUAUAGAUAUGCUUCUUAUUGCUGCAAGCCUUGGCAAGACCAAUGGCAUUACGUGUUGUUGAUCUUAUAUUAGUAGGGUGUGUCUUAGUAAAAUGUAAGUAUCCACUCUUGGAUAAGAGAAACUUCAGCCGAUCGAAGUCUGGUAGUGGUACUGUUACCUCAUGAAAGGACAAAUGUAAUUGGGGCAAUUUGUGUCACAGCUGUGUCUAUGGUAAUAGAGCAUGUACUUUGGUUUUUUUCCUUC